AUGUUGGUAGCUAAUAGCUUUGAUCUAUGGCGAAAGGACGUUUUUUUCUCUGCGGCGGAAGAGGUGCAGGAAUCGGCUGAUAUAAUGGAAUCUGCGUACAGGGCCUGGUUGAGAGAAAAGAGAGAAAGGUCAACAACGGAGGAAUUAAAUGAACUCUGCAGGGAGCUACAAACUGCAUUAGGUACUGCAAAAUGGCAGUUAGAGGAGUUUGAGAAAGCUGUCAGGCUAAGCUACCGACAUCAUGGUGAUGACAAUACAAGCACUAGGCACAGGCAGUUUAUUUCUGCCAUUGAAAGCCAAAUUACGCAAGUUGAAGAAGCACUAAGAGAAUCUUUUAUUGAGCAAGGCAAGCAACCCCUUCGGUGGGUAAAUCUUGAUGAAGAAGAGCGAGAUGAUCUGGCUGCGUUUCUAACGGGAACUUGUCAGACCACAAAAAGCACUAAUGAUGAAUGCAUGGAGAGUACUUCUUUGAAGAUAAGCCCACUUCAGCAGAAACAAGUCAAAAAAGAAGAUAAAAAUGUAGAUUUAGACACUUUCCGCAACCGGGAUUUAUCUGCUAGUGAAAAGUCUUCUAAGGAUGUCAUUUCUGUUAACAAGGAUACAGAUUAUGUGAUAGAAAUAAAAGCAGAUGCUGUUUCCAGAAGUAAUGAUGAGGUAGUUUCUCAAACAGAGGGAACAAGUACAAGGAAGACGUGGAGUCCACCUAAUUAUGGUGCUCUAAAAGUUGUGAUUGCUGACGAAGAUGAGCCAAGAGAUAAACCUCCACGGACUGUUGAUGCCACCCCUAAAGAAAAAGGAUUCAAACAUCUAUUUUUGAAACAAAAGUUUGAAGAAUAUCCUCAGGCCAUGCGAGUAGUUCGUAUGUUCAAUCAGCGUUUUGGGCGCACUGGUAUAUGCCAGAGCCAAAGACAGUUUCAAAGGCCCUUGCACUUGCGAUAUGGCUGUUCUAUUCAAGUUACACUUGUUCUAAUGUUGACCAUUUUUCUCUUCGUUCCCUUUGUACUCUAUUCAUCUUGA